AUGGCGGGGGUUGCUUUGUCCUUGCAGAAGCUGGUGGCAAUUUUGAAGGCGAGGCCGGUGAGCUCGCUUGCGGUCGUGCUGGCUGCCUGGCCUGUGUCCCUCUUCCUGCUCCCCAUCCUGCUCCCCGCAGCCUUGCUGGCGCUCGCGGGCCUCUUCUUGCUGCCGGCGCGCUUUCACACCCCCCGGGCUGGAUCCGCACCCCGGAGCGUGCAGCUGCAGGAGCUGCCGGCCACGCCGUCCGCCCAGGCCAAGCCUGCGCUUAAGGGUCCCGAUGCAACAGGAGACAGAUCUACCCAGGGUGCCUCAAAAGGGGCAGCCCCGGAGGGGGAUGCCACUGUGGCAUUGGCAAGUGGAGGCAAGGGGGCAGCAGCGGCAGCAAUAGCAACAGCAGCACCCAAUGCUGGCGACAAAGGCAGCAGCGGUGACGUGCAAGAGAAGGAGGCGGCAGCAGCAGGAGCAGCAGCGGCGGCGGUGGAGGAUGGCUUGGACUGGAACUUCCCCAAAGCAGACAUCAAGUACCCCGGCAAACGGCGCCCCAGUCCCAAAAGUGACAAGCCUGGCGUGACCCAGUUUGUGUGGCGCCACGGGGGCCGCAGUGUGGCGGUGAUGGGGGCCUUCACGGGGGGCAAGCCCGCGGCACUCAAGCCGUCACGCUCGGAGACGGGCUGCUUCUACCUGGACUAUGUCCUGCCGCAGGGGCGCUGCACGUUCCACUACGUUGUUGACGGGGCUGCCCGCGUGGACCCCGACGAGGCGGUCACGGCAGACGGCAAGAGCAACGAGCGGGUUGUGGGGCGCGACCUGUUUGCUGCGCUGGACGGCAUCAUGCGGCAGCGCAUUAUGGUCAUUGAUGGCGCCAUGGGCACCAUGAUCCAGCGCCACAAGCUGGAGGAGGAGGACUACAGGGGGGAGCGGUAUGCUGCGCACCACUGCGAUCUGAAGGGGGACAACGACCUGCUGGUUAUUACACGGCCCGACGUGAUUGAGGGCAUCCACUUCGAGUACCUGUCCGCAGGAGCUGACAUUGUCGAGACCAACACGUUCAACGGGACGUCUAUCAGUCAGGCCGACUAUGACCUCCAGGCUGACGAAGAGGUGGCGCUCAUCAAUGUCGAGGCUGUCAAGGUUGCGCAACGCGCUGUGGAGCGUGCAGAGGCAGCAGAUCCGACUCGUCCGCGCUUUGUGGCGGGAGCGGUGGGCCCCACGAACCGCACGCUGUCGGUGUCCCCCAGCGUGGAGAACCCGGCGUUCCGUGCGUGCACCUUUGACGAGAUUGUGGAGGCGUACACGAAGCAGGUGCGCUCGCUGGUGGAGGCGGGCGCGGACCUCAUCCUGGUGGAGACCAUCUUCGACACCCUCAACGCCAAGGCUGCCUUGUAUGCAAUUGACGAGUUCUUUGAUGAGGUGGGCUACGAGGUCCCCGUUAUGAUCAGCGGGACCAUUGUGGACCAGUCGGGCCGCACGCUGUCGGGCCAGACCGGGGAGGCCUUCUGGGUGAGCGUCAGCCACGCGCGCCCCGUGGCUGUGGGGCUUAACUGUGCGCUGGGGGCGCGUGAUAUGCGGCCGUACAUCAAGACGCUGGGCGAGCUGGCCGAGACGUUCGUGCUUUGCUACCCCAAUGCGGGGCUCCCCAACGCCAUGGGCGGGUACGACGAGACGCCUGCGCAGAUGGUGGAGAACGUGCGUGACUUUGCCACGGGGGGCCUCGUGAACAUCAUUGGCGGCUGCUGCGGCACGACGCCUGACCACAUCCGUGCCAUUGCCGACAUGGUUGCUGGGGAGAAGCCGCGCCCUGUGCCGUCUGUGCGCAACAUGCUGCGCAUUAGCGGGCUUGAGGCGUUCAACUACACGCCCGAGACGAUCCCGUUCAUUAACAUUGGAGAGCGGUGCAAUGUGGCGGGCAGCAUUGUGUUCAAGAAGGCGGUGCUGGCGGGCGACUACGACAAGGCGCUGGCGAUUGCGAUCAAGCAGGUGGAGAUGGGCGCGCAGGUGAUCGACAUCAACAUGGACGAGGGCCUCCUCGACUCCGUGGCCGCCAUGACGCGCUUCGUGAACCUGCUCGUCUCGGAGCCGGACGCGAGCAAGGUGCCGUUCAUGAUCGACAGCAGCAAGUUUCACGUUGUGGAGGCGGGCCUCAAGUGCAGCCAGGGCAAGUGCAUCGUCAACUCCAUAUCGCUCAAGGUGGGCGAGGACGAGUUCAAGCGCCACGCCAAGAUCUGCCGCCGCCACGGGGCCGCCGUCGUGGUCAUGGCCUUCGACGAGGACGGCCAGGCCGCCACCGAGUACGACAAGGUGCGCAUCUGCGCGCGCGCGUUCAAGAUCCUGGUGGAGGAGUGCGCGUUCAAUCCGGAGGACAUCAUCUUCGACCCCAACAUCCUGACCAUCGCCACCGGCCUGGAGGAGCACAACAACUACGCCGUCGACUUCUUCCGCGCGACCACCAAGAUCAAGCAGAUCUGCCCUGGCGCCAAGAUCAGCGGCGGCGUGUCCAACAUCUCCUUCUCCUUCCGUGGCAACGAGCCUGUGCGCCGUGCCUUCCACAGUGCGUUCCUGUACUGGGCGAUCCAGGCCGGCAUGGACAUGGGCAUCGUGAACGCGGGCCAGAUCGACAUCUACGACGACAUCGACAAGGACCUGCUGGCGCACGUCGAGGACUGCAUCCUCAACAGGCGGCCCGACGCUACCGAGCGGAUGCUGGAGUUUGCGACCAAGGUGGACCCCAAGGCUGGCGCGGCCGUGGGCGGCAACAAGGACGAGUGGCGCGCCCUGCCCGUGGAGAAGCGGCUGUCGCAUGCGCUCGUCAAGGGCAUCGACCAGUACGUGGUGGCCGACACGGAGGAGGCGCGCUCCGGCGGCCGCUUUGCGCGCCCGCUGCACAUCAUCGAGGGCCCGCUCAUGGACGGCAUGAACGUCGUGGGCGACCUCUUCGGCGCGGGCAAGAUGUUUUUGCCGCAGGUCAUCAAGAGCGCGCGCGUGAUGAAGCGCGCGGUGGCGCACCUCAUUCCGUACAUGGAGGAGGAGAAGGCGGCGGCGCUGCUGGCCAACCCGGACAUGGCGGAGCAGGCCAGCACGGCGGGCACCGUGGUGCUGGCCACCGUCAAGGGCGACGUGCACGACAUCGGGAAGAACAUCGUGGCCGUCGUGCUGGGGUGCAACAACUACAAGGUCGUCGACCUCGGCGUCAUGUGCCCCUGCGCCAAAAUCCUGGCGGCCUGCAAGGAGCACAAGGCCGACAUCCUCGGCCUCUCCGGCUUGAUCACGCCGUCGCUGGACGAGAUGGUGACGGUGGCCAAGGAGAUGGAGCGCGAGGGGCUGCGUAUCCCGCUCCUGAUCGGCGGCGCCACGACGUCGCGCAUGCACACCGCCGUCAAGGUGGAGCCGCAGUACGCCGGCAGCGUGGUGCACGUCCUGGACGCGUCCCGCAGCGUGCCCGUCGUCUCGUCCCUGCUGGACCCCACCGCGCGGGACGACUUCGCGGCAGACAUCCGCGACACCUACAAGGAGCUGCGCGAGGAGCACUACGCGGGGCUGCAGGACCGCAAGUACCUGCCCCUGGCCAAGGCGCGCGACGCCGGCCUGGCGGUCGACUGGAAGCUGCCCGCCAACGCGCCGGUGCGCCCCGCCAAGCUGGGCAACACCGUGUACCGCGACUUCCCGCUGGACCAGCUGCUGGACGCCAUCGACUGGAACCCCUUCUUCCAGGUGUGGCAGCUGCGGGGCCGCUACCCCAACCGUGGCUACCCCAAGAUCUUCAACGACGAGACCGUAGGGGCCGAGGCCAAGAAGCUGUUCGAUGAGGCCCAGGCGAUGCUGGCGGACAUCGUGGCGGGCAAGAAGCUGGCCGCGCACGGCGUGGUGGGGCUGUAUCCGGCCAACGCGGUUGGCGACGACAUCGAGGUGUACACCGACGAGACGCGCACCACCGUCGCGGCGCGGCUGCACACGCUGCGGCAGCAGAGCGAGAAGGAGACGGACGAGCCGUACCUGGCGCUGGCCGACUUCGUGGCGCCAAAGAGCGCCGGCGUGGCGGACUGGGUGGGCAUGUUCUGCGUCAGCACCGGCUUCGGGCUGGACGCCAUGGUGGCCGACUUCAAGGCGCGCAAUGACGACUACAGCUACAUCAUGGCAGAGGCGCUCGCGGACCGCCUCGCCGAGGCGUUUGCGGAGGUGCUGCACGCGGAGGUGCGCAAGGCCGUGUGGGGCUACGCCGCUGACGAGGCGCUCUCCACGGAGGACCUGCUCAAGGUGCGCUACGCGGGGAUCCGGCCUGCGCCGGGGUACCCCAGCCAGCCGGACCACACCGAGAAGGAGACCAUGUGGAAGCUCAUGGCCGCCGCCGACACCACCGGCAUCAGUCUCACCGAGUCCAUGGCCAUGCUGCCCGCCGCCAGUGUUUCGGGGCUGUACUUCGGGAGCCCGCACAGCCAGUACUUCGCGGUGGGCAAAAUCGGGCAGGACCAAGUGACGGACUACGCAGCGCGCAAGGGCAUGCCGCUCAAAGACGCCGAGCGCUGGCUCUCGCAGAUGCUCAACUACGAGCCGAGUGAGGCGUAGUGCGCAGGCGGACAUGGCCGGAAGCAUGUACGUUGGCCGCAGCAGUGGGGGCCAAAAUAACGUGCUGGAAGUCGAUUGUACCAGAAGGGCCGAGUGGCCUAUUUUAUUGCAGCAGGGUGUUGAAUACUAGCCAAUUUGCUCUUGCAUGCUUGAGCGAGCUAAAGCCUCAAGUUCUUUGAAAGACUUUGCAUCGAAUUCCUAGGAGCGAGAGGCUAUCAGUUCGUUCAUGUGGGGUUCAGCUUUCGGUUAGGCUGUGUGACUAAUCAGUGAAUACCCAUCUUAGCUUUAGUAAACACUGUCACCGGCUGUGCCAGGCCAUUUGUCGUCGUUUGAAUCAAAUCUACGACU